AGUUCUGGGAACUAUUCUUUUUUAUUUUUCGAUUUAUUCCAACGUUCUUUACUUUACGCUUCGGCAUAAUAUUCUUACCAGGCAGGGCCUUUUUUAUAGACUUUACGAAUCUCUGUAGUUACGAACAAUCGUUAAUACCCCAAAUCCGACAAUAUGAAGGUUGAAACUAGUGCUGCUUUAUUCGCUCUCUUGAGUGUGGCAUCUGCCCGCCCUGAUGCCGUGAAGAUAUUCAGGAAGACCCACACUCCUAUUGGCGCAUCUGCCAAGUUCAGGCGUGAGGUUCCUCAGGAGCAUUCCCACGAGAAGUUCCUUAAGGGUGUUGGCCUGGCCUUGAACUUGAACAAUGUUGACCAGGUCCAAGACCCUGUAUUUGCUCUACUUGGAAACAAGGCCGCCGCUCAGGGUGCUGGCCAGGUUCAGGACUUGGACUGCCUCCAACAGCGAGUUGCCGACCAGGCUUUCACCAACGCCAAGGCUGCCAACGACGUCGAGGGCAUGACUAACGCGCUGAUCUUCCGUGCUCUUGAAAGGAACACUGGCUCAGUCGGUCUGGCCUCCGUUCUGUGCACCGAAACCGCAAAGAACCCUGAGAUUGCUGCUAUCCAGCAGCAUCAGGACCCCGCCUCUUCAGGCGCUGCUGCUCUAAACAAGCAGAUCACCCUCGACCUAGCUGUCCAGCUUGCCUCUAUCGGCGCUGAUCCCCAGCUCGCUCUCCAGUCGGGAACCUUUGCUCCCGGUCAGGCCGGAGAUCAGACCGGUGCUGGUAACACUUGCGACGUCGCGGACGACGCUGAGGGUUGUAUCUUUACCCAGAACCUCCUUGUCGAGGAUGCUACUGCAGCUGAGAUCGAUGCUGCCGUCGCUGCGGGUGGUGGCAACGCCAACGCUGGUAACAACAAUGCUAAUGCUGGCAACGCCGCUGACGAUGCCGCUGAUGAUGGAUGUGAGGCUGAUGACGGCACCGCCGAUAAUUCUAACAAUGCCGACGAUUCCGCAGAUGAUGGAUGCGAGGCUGAUGAUACUUCAAACAAUGAUGCCAGCAACAACAACAACAGCAGCAACGGAGGUACCGCUACAGCCGGUGUCAACGUCAACGCCUUCACCGGCACCGUCGGCUCCGCCCCCGUCCCCGUAAUCAGCUCCACAGCCGACAAGCCCUUCUCCGUCAACGGCAACGACUUCCUCAACCUAGGCGCCGCCAUCCAGCGCGCCUGCGACGUGCAAAAGAACGCGUGCGCCAACGCGGCCAACGGCGGCGACAAGACCAUCAGCGUAGCCGACUGCGACGCCCAGCAGCAGCAGUGCGUGGCCCAGAACGGCAAGAAGCGCCGCCAGUCCGUCGACACGGGAUCCUGCGGAUCCCCCGCCAUCUCCUUCGGACAGCAGCAAGACCGCGGCGACGAGGAUGCGUUCGCGCCGGUCAACAGCGCCGACUUCAACCACGGGUCCGCUCUCAAGCCCGCUGUUAUCACGGGCUUCAUCUGCAGCCAGCUCCAGAGCAAGUGUGGCGCUUCGGCCGCGACUGUUGCCCAGUGUCAGGAGGGUGCGCAGGCGGCGGAUUCGUUAAGCGGACAGGCUGCUGCUGAUGCGUUUAAUGCUGCGUUGGGUGCUUAAGAGGAUUGGGGACGAUGAAGAGAGAGAGGAGAGUCUGUUUUUGGUAAUAUAGGGGGUUUUAUGAUGGGUCAUAUAUAUGAGGAUGAGCGCUUUCAAUUCAAUGUGAUGUCUGUUUCGUGAUGAAUAUUUUGGAAUUUGGAUGUGGUAUGUGAUAUGUGAUAUGUGAGGAGUGAAUGAUGUGUGAAAUGUUGAAAUCUUUACUUCUAUGAGUUGCUCAAUGCUCAGUAAGAGUGAUUACAUUUACUCUUCUAUAAAAUACUUCCCUGUGUUACUCAGAC